GUGAUUUCAGUUUCAUUUUAGCAUUUGAUCGUAAAAGUUUACAUGCCCUUUAAUUAGACUUGUUUUUGGUGAUGAAGGAAUAAAAGGUUACCAAGAUGAAGAUAUUCCAGAAUGGACUUUGAGUUCAGGAAGACAUUUUAUAUUUGACAAGUCUCGUCAUAUAUAAUGAAGAUCAUUGUGAAGCAGAAGACUGAAUAAGGCCUUGUAGCUCUGAUCCUUGAUUAGAGAUUUAGAAAAGAAAGUUAAAAUUAAUUACUUUGCUUUUAGUGUUCCAGUUUCAUAAUAUUUACUCUUUUAAAUAAAUUUAGGGAGUAGAAAUUAACUUGCAGUGCUGUACCAAGGAAUAUUUAUUCUUGUAUUUGAACUUUCAGUCUGUAUGAAAAAACCAGCAGCUGAAGUGCUUCAUGAUGAAGUUUACUCUAAAGCAUUUUCUGAUGUCAGUUCUUGGCAUUUUGAUCUAUAUAAUUGACUUUACUGCAGACAUUCUGAUAUCUAUCAAGUUUUUCCAUGAAGAACAAUUUGUUUUUGGAAUUUUAACAGUAAGCUUUAUGCUUUUUGGAACAUUUGUUGUUCAGUGUUUUAGUUAUUCUUGGUUCAAGGCCGAUCUAGAGAAAACAAGCCAAGAAAAUCAUCAUUACUGUCUUCUACUUCAUUGCUUGCAAGGGGGAGUUUUCACAAGGUAUUGGUUUGCCUUAAAAAAGGGUUAUCAUGUGGCUUUCAGACGUAGCAACACACCUGAUAACUUCACGGGAGAACAAAUUGACCAGCAUAGAGAAGUUAUACAGCAAGUGACUGAUCUGAGCAUGCUCAGGCUAUUAGAGACUUACCUAGAGGGCUGCCCACAGCUCCUUCUUCAGCUCUACAUCCUUCUGGAAUAUGGCCAAGUCAAUAUCACUCAGUGUGUAGCCAUCGCAGUCUCUUGCAGUGCUAUUUCUUUGUCAACUGUCGAUUAUCAAAUAGCUUUAAGAAAAUCUUUGCCAGAUAAAAACCUUCUUAAGGGAUGGUGUCCCAGAUCCAUAUAUCUCUCUUACAAGUGGUUUACAUUAUCAUCUUGGAUGCUGAGUAUUGUACUUCUUUUUUUCUUAAAUGUUAAUAUUGCUUUAAUGCUAUUGUCAUUAAUAUGGUUUUCAGGUAUUGUGUGGGCAUUUGUAAUGCAAACUCAGUUUUGUACUUCCAUAAGCAUGGAAUAUCUAUACCGGAUUGUUGUCGGAUUUAUUCUCAUCUUUACAUUUUUUAAUAUUAAGGGCGAGAAUACCAAAUAUCCAAUGUCUUGUUAUUAUGCUGUAAGGGCACUGAUCAUAUUGGGGAUAUUGACUGUAUUCUGGUUUUACCCACUCUCUAUUUUUAAUUCAGACUAUUUUAUACUUAUCACUAUUAUUAUAGUUCUUACUUUUUUCCUAGGAAUUAUUUUUCUUAUUGUUUACUAUGGGGCUUUGCACCCAAAUAAAAGAGAAGAAGCAAGAUCUGAUGAACUUGAUGGAAAACCAGUUCAAAGAGACUGUAGAGUGAAGUUUUUCCUAAUGGAAUAAGUUAUUCAUUUAUUAUUUUAUUGUUUCAUUGGUUAGUAAAGGCACUGUGUAUAUGCAUGUGUGUUGUUUCUUACUUUGCUUUCUUUAAUUUGAGAUCCGUUUGAGCACAUUAAUUGUGAAUUUGGCAUCACCUGGCAAUAUUUUUAUUAUUUAAGUUAAUUUCAUAUUGAGCACUCAGGUGUAUUUAUCAGUUGUCUUGUAGACUUGCCAUCUUAUACCAGUACAAGCAUAAUUGGUCUGGUUUCCAUAAUUAGAAAGCUGGACUUGAGCUUCCUUCAACUUUAUCUUUUAAAUUUUUUUUUAUUUUUUAAAAUUUUUAUUAUCUUUAUUUGUUGGAUAGAGAAAAGUAGAAACCAAGAGGGAAGGGGGCUAUAUAUAUAGAGAGAAAGACAGACACCUGCAGUCCUGCUUCACCACUAGCAGAGCUUUCCCCCUGCAGGUGGGGACUGGGGGCUCGAACUUGGGCCCUUGCACACUAUAAUGUAUGCGCAUCACCUUGUGGCCCCACUUUAUCUUUAUUGUUCAUAAACUAAAACUGAUGUCCCUGUUGUGAACAAAAUAAAAAGAGAAGAGAAAAAGAAGUUGUUUUUCUUCCCUCUAUUUUCUUGAUUCAGUACAUAUAUUUUGAGAUGGGAACAGACUAAGUAAAGGAAAUG